AUGUUAACAUGCUCUAGGAUGUCUAGCCCUUCGAGGCAGAUAAAGUGUGUUGUUGUCGGAGAUGGAACUGUUGGUAAAACCUGUAUGCUGAUUUCCUAUACCACUGACUCAUUUCCUGUACACUUUGACAACUACUCAGCUCAAAUGACACUGGAUAAUCAUACUGUCAACCUCGGUUUAUGGGAUACUGCUGGUCAGGUAUGUCGAUUUUCAGUACUUGUUUGAAG